CCCAUUAGCCUCCUGAAUAUUCUGAUCAUAGCAUCAGCAACAUAAUCAUCUGCACCCACGGACCUCGUUCUCUGACCGUUGGUUUUUCUGCCAUUAAUCCCGAGAGAGAGAGUGAGAGCUUAUUUUAAAUUUGGAGUAGCCGUGCUUCUUGUUUGGCCCCCUCACCUUGGAGUUUGAUGUGGAUAUUUCUGGAGUUGUGUCUACAUUCUUCUUUUUGCCAUAUUUCACCCUUCCCCUGUGAAAUUGGUGGUUUCCUUCAACUUUCUGUCUGCUAAAAGAAGUGCCUUGACAAAAAAAAAAAAACUUGUAAACCUUUGUGUACAUGAGUUAUUUAAUGGCAUGUUCAUUGCAUCCCGUGCCUAAGGUGACCCUAUGCACUCGUCAACGUUCUAACUGCUGCAUUUUGAGAAAUCAUGUCCAGCAUCCUCGAUCAAGUCAUGCUCUUCAUCCAAUUAAACAUCAACCCAGUGAUGGGAUUAAUUUUAAGAAAUUUCUGUUCUUCAGUCCUUUAGUUUACCAUCACAAGCCCAAACCAGUCGCUGCACUGGAUUCAGAUAUACCUGGUUCCACUGAUCAGGACUUGAAAAGUAGUGACAACUUUAAGCAAUGGGAUUCAUUGACUGCAAAGUUUGCAGGAGCUGCCAAUGUACCAUUUCUACUGUUGCAACUGCCCCAAAUCAUACUCAAUGCUCGUAAUCUUCUUGCAGGAAAUAAGUCUGCUUUGUUCGCUGUUCCAUGGCUGGGGAUGUUCACUGGACUACUAGGGAAUUUGUCUUUGCUAUCAUACUUCAUAACGAAGAGGGAAAAGGAGGUGGCGGGGGUGCAGACAUUAGGAGUUAUAUCAACAUAUGUUGUAAUCUUACAGCUUGCUAUGGCUGGAGCUAUGCCUUUUCCUCAAUUUAUAGUGACAUCUUUUGUUGUUGCUUGUGGUCUUGUUAUAAAUUUUAUGAAUUACUUUUACUUGCUCAAUCCUGGACUCUGGCGCUAUUGGGAAGACUUUAUAACCAUUGCAGGCCUCUCUGCACUUCCACAAGUCAUGUGGUCAACCUUCCUCCCAUAUGUUCCAAACACAAUCUUGCCGGGUGCAAUAUCUUUUGUAAUGGCAGUGACAGCUGUGCUUAUGGCUCGCAUGGGUAAACUGUCAGAGCAAGGUGUCAAAUUCAUUGCAUCACUAUCUGGGUGGACUGCCACUCUUCUUUUUAUGUGGAUGCCAGUUGCACAAAUGUGGACAAAUAUUCUUAAUCCUGAUAACAUCAAGGGUUUAUCUGCUGUCUCAAUGUUGCUGGCCAUGAUUGGGAAUGGACUAAUGAUUCCUCGAGCACUCCUUACUCGGGACUUCAUGUGGUUCGCAGGUUCUAGUUGGGCGUGCAUUUUUUAUGGAUGGGGAAAUCUUGUUUGCUUGUAUAGUUUAAAAGUCAUUAGCAAGGAAUUUUUCUUGUCUGCUACAGUUGCGUUUGUAGCAUGGAUAGGUACGUCUUCUUAGCAUUGCUUUCUGAUCGUUGUUUAUUGUUUCUAAGUUAAUGCACCACACUGUUAAUGAAUAUAACUAUAAUGUUCAUGACAUCUAAUAAUUUGAACUUUCACAAUCCGUAUUACAUGCAAAUAUUGAAGUUUUAGUUUGUCUUUAUGAACAAGUGCACAUUAUUAUGUUUCCGGAAGUGCAUGGCAUCACAGUUGUCUUGUGUGUUAUUCUGCUAUUUGUUGCCCCUCCCCCUGUCCGUACGGACUUAGCUCACUGGUUCAGUAGGCAGUAUUUGAGGCAAGAGCCCAAGGUUCGAAACUUGGUAGUGGCGUUGUGGGGAUUAUGCCCAAAGUGGGCAGAUUCUUUGUGCGCACCGGCAUUUGGCCCUAUCUGCUGAGCUACUGAGUAACCAUGAUUUACAUCCUUUCCAAAUACUUUGUUGGGCUAGGGUGUGGGGGCCUUGGGAUUGGGAUU